CUUCAUCAUCUCUCUUCCUUGUUCAUAAUCGUUCUCUCAUUUCCCGUAAUUUAUCUCAUUGUUCUAUUUCUGUGUCGAAAAAAAUGCCAAGCAGAUCAGCAGGAGUAAUAAAGCAGGACUGGGAGCCGGUGGUGAUGCACAAGGCGAAGCCCAAGUCCCAAGACCUUCGCGAUCCGAAGGUAGUGAACCAUGCCCUCCGAUCGGGUGCUCCAGUCCAGACAAUCAAGAAAUUCGACGCUGGGUCUAAUAAGAAAGCAACGGCACCGGUGGUGUAUGCCAGGAAGUUGGAGGAGGAGACGGAGCCAGCGUCGUUGGGCAGGAUUUCUACGGAGGUGAGGCAGGCGAUUCAAAAAGCGCGGCUGGAGAAGAAGAUGAGCCAGACAGAGCUUGCUAAGCUGAUUAAUGAGCAGCCAAAGGUGGUCCAAGAGUAUGAGAAUGGAAAGGCGGUGCCUAACCAAGCUAUUUUGGCCAAGAUGGAGAGAGUGCUAGGCGUGAAGCUUAGAGGGAAGACUGGCAAGUGAGAUUAUGUAAAUUAGUAAUGUUAGGAUUUGGUUUGUGUUCUUGCGAAAUAAAGUACAAGUUUUAUGGGCAA